AUGGUUUCUAAGAAAUUCUUCCUUAUCACAUUUGUCCUAGCAACAACGUCUUAUGCGAUUCCAUUUCACUCGAAAUCAAAUGUGAAACAGCUUGCACCAAUCUUAACUUCUUUGGAGGCAGACGUAAUUGCAGACCAGUAUCUGGUCGUAUUCAAGAAUACAGCCAAGGACUCUCACAUUAACUACCACCAUGAAUGCAUUAAUAACGCUAUUGACUUUGAAAAAGACAUGUUCGUAAAGCGUAGUGGGGGAUAUAUGCAAGAAUUAGUCUCUGGCAUUCGAUACACAUACAACUUCAAAAAUCUUAAAGGCUAUGCUGGUAGAUUUAGUGAAGAAGUUCUGCGAAAGAUUAGAGAAAGCGAUGAGGUAAUUGUUAUUCCUUUUUUGGGAAAUGGGGACUUGUCUUGGCACAUUUCAUUUGGCGUAAAUCAAUAUUAUGUUGCGUUAUUAUCUCGCGUUUCUUACAAGUCACGUGAACUAAACACCGUUGCAUACGUCGAGAGAGACCAAACAGUCUAUGCAUCAGAGCUUCAAAAAAAUGCGCCUUGGGGAUUGUCUCGUAUUUCCCAUCGUGCUCAUUUAACAUUUGGUACCUUUAACAAAUAUCCAUACCAUGAAACUGCCGGAACAGAUGUUACUGUAUAUAUUAUCGAUACCGGUGUCAAUAUUAAUCAUACUGAUUUUGAAAACCGAGCUGUUUGGGGUGCUACUAUUCCAGAUGGAGACGAAGAUGUAGAUGGCAAUGGACAUGGUACUCACGUCGCUGGUACAGUCGCUGGUAAGCGUUACGGCGUCUCGAAGAAAGCAAAGAUUGUAGCAGUCAAAGUUUUGCGUUCAAAUGGAUCCGGAACCAUGUCUGAUGUCAUUAAAGGUGUUGAAUGGGCCGCUGAAGCUCAUCUUGAAGACGUUGAGAAAGCUAAGAAAGAAGGAAAGACACAUAAAGGCUCCGCCGCUAAUAUGAGUUUGGGAGGUGGCAGAAGUCGAACACUAGAUGCUGCCGUUAAUGGUGCUGUUGAUGCUGGUAUUCACUUUGCUGUCGCUGCUGGCAAUGAUAAUCGUGACGCAUGUGAUUAUUCACCCGCCGCAGCAGAAAAAGCCGUUACCGUUGGCGCUUCUACCAUUGAAGAUGAACGUGCCUGGUUCUCGAAUUAUGGAUCAUGUGUUGAUGUAUUUGCUCCUGGCAAAGAUAUCACUUCCGCUUGGAUCGGCUCAAAAUUCGCAACUAACACAAUUUCUGGAACUUCCAUGGCAUCACCACAUGUCGCCGGUUUGCUUGCUUACUUCUUAUCACUUCAAGCCGAUAGCACAUCAGAUUUCUAUGUUGAUCCAUUGUCCCCCAAAGAACUCAAGGAUAAAGUUAUCUUAUUGUCAACCAAGGACGCACUUGACAAAAUUCCUUCGAAUACUCCAAACAAAUUGGUGUACAAUGACUACCAAUGA